UUAACAUUAAUAAUAAUACUUUUUCUUCUUUAAAUGUGUUCAGGUCCAAUGAUCAUCAUAAAAGCCCAAACCUCCAAUGAUCAUCCCAAACACCUCAUAUGUGCUUAAGAAUGGACAAAGUGCAGGGACUAGUGGUAUACCAAGGCCUAACGGGUUUAUUGAUGACUCUUUAAAAGAUGGACAGGCUCAAUCUGUCUCUGAACAGGAAAAAUAUGUAGCUAUCGUUUCGGCUGGAAAUUUCGCUCGUGGAGCGGUGGAUUUGGGCAAAUCGAUGCUCUCUGUUCCUGCUGGUUUCAACAAUACAAACUCCCUCCAUUUUAAUCCAGCAUUUGAAGACGUGGCAGCAAUAGCGGUUACCAUAAAUGAAGCCUUGCUCGAUAGUAAUAACCACACAGCAGUUACUUUCCAAGGAACUUCCAUUUCGAAAAUGGAUGGGGUGAAGGGCGUUAAUGAAAAUUCCGAUCCAGGGAUUUCUUUUAAUUCGGGUAUUGGUCGGGUCAGCGGAGGAAAAACAAGGGGAUCUAAGGGCGAUCGGAAAAGUAACAAAACUCUCAAGGGGCCAAGUAAUCGAUUCAAGGCAAUGGGUUGUGCAAAUUCGAAAUUUCCACAAAUUCUUCGUGAAUAUAGCAAAGAAUUUAAACUGAAUAUUCUUAGUUUGCUCGAACCGAGAGUCGGGAAGUAUUUGGCUUGGAUGGAAGGAGUCCAUUGAUGUUGAGUUGAUGUGGAAUCAUCCACAAUUUAUUUUGACUCGUAUUUCGUCUGUACUACAGUCACGACCGUUUUUUAUCGGUUUCAUUUAUGGUAGCCCAGACAGACAGAAAAGGAGACUUCUUUGGAGGGAUUUAAGGUUAUCUAUCCCUUCAAGACAUUUCCCUUGGUUGGCUAUUGGGGAUUUCAACGCCAUUCUAUUGGCAGAGGAAACGAAAGGCGGUCAAGUGGCUGGUCAAAGGUGCCCUCUUUUUUGGGGAUUUUAUGGGUACAACUCAAGUUCAUGAUUUGGGUUUGAAGGGAUUCCCUUUCACUUGGCAUCGGGGUACACUUUUUGAGUGUCUUGAUCAGGCUCUAGGUAAUGAUGCUUGGAUAAAGUUCUUUCCUAAUUGCAUGGUGUCUCAUCUCCCAAGAAUUAAGUCAGACCACAAGCCUAUUUUACUUGUUCAACAGCCGAGCUUAUCUUUACCUAAAGGUAGGCCUUUUUGGUUUUUAGCCAAUUGGUUAGAGUACCCAAGUUUUCAGGAAUUUCUUUUAGAUAACUGGAGUUUUGAUGGUGACAUGACGAGUUCUCUCACGCAUCUCACUUAAAGGCUUAGGGACUGGAACAAAUGUGUCUAUGGGAAUAUCAGUACUCGUAAAAAGUAUUUGAUUCAUAAACUUGCAAGUAUUCAACAUGCAAUGGACUUUUUUGGUUCUAUUAAUUUGGCUCACCGUGAAUUAGAGACUCGAGAGGAACUAAAGAAUGUUCUCUAUCAUGAGAAGUUACCGUGAAAGUAGAAAUAGAGAUGUGAUUGGUUAAACUUGGGAAACUGUAAUACUAAAUAUUUUCAUAUGCGUACAAUUUAGAGAAGAAAAUAUAAUAGUAUAACGACCCUACGAAACUUAGAAACUUAGAUGGUGACUAAAUUUUUGAAGCUGAAUUUUUAAAAUAGGAGGUUGUUGCGUUUUUUCUAAAGUUGUAUGGUGAGAUACCUGAACCUAUGGGGAUUUUACCUCUGAGUGGCUUCCCACAACUAGAAACUUCGAUUAUUGAAUUUCUUGAAAGACCUGUUCUAGAUUAGGAGAUCAAAAGUGCACUAUUUGAUAUGGCACCAUUAAAAACACCAGGCAAUGAUGGCUUUCACGCUUUGUUUUUCCAUAAGUAGUGGGAUAUUAUUGGAGGAGCAAUCUAUAAUUGGGUUAGAAAGAUUUUUUAGGGAAACAGUAUUGACUCGGAGCUAAAUAGUACCCUAAUUGUUCUUACCCCUAAAGUUGCAAACCCAGAAAGCUUCACACAAUUCUGAUCGAUAAGCCUCUGUUCUGUUUUAUAUAAACUUGUGAUAAAGGUCAUAGCGAAUAGGUUCAAGGUUGUCUUCCCAAAGAUCAUUAGCCAAGAGCAAGCGAGGUUUAUUGCAGGAAGUAUUGUUGAUAAUGUAAUUAUCGCUCCAGAAGUUCUACAUACCAUGAGAAGUAAGGGCACGGUGGAAUGGAUGGCAGUCAAAAUUGAUUUGGAGAAGGCUUACGACAGUGUUUAUUGGGAUUUUGUAAAAGCCUCUCUUAGAGCUACAGCUAUCCCUAAUUUCCUAAUCCAGGUUAUCAUCUCGACGUCUACUAUACAAGUGUUAUGGAACAAAGUCCCUACCGAAAUAUUCAAACCUGUUAAAGGGAUUUGUCAAGGAUGCCCCCUCUCCCCAUAUAUGUUCAUGUUGUGCAUGGAAUAGUUGGGCUACGAUUUUCAUUUGGCCAUCUCUUCUAGAGAAUAGAAUCCCAUUCGUUUAUCUCUAUGGGGACCUGCACUUUCACACUUAUUCUUUGCUAACAACCUAGUAAUCUUCAGCAAAGUAGAUUUGAAACAUAGCAAACUCUUUAAAAAUUUUCUUGGAAGUUUCUGUGUUUUUUCGAGUCACAAGGUUAAUGCCCAAAAAACUAAUGUAC